GAGGGCGGGGUGUCGUUCCCUUUCGCUGAUGCAAGAGCCUAGCGCGGGCCUGGGAGAGCUGUCGGUAGGAGCUUCGCCGAGUCCGGGGUCUGAAGCUGACCGGUCUGACGUCCCACCCUUGCCGAACCCACUAGAACCGCAGCCAUGUCCGGGGACGAGAUGAUUUUUGAUCCUACUAUGAGCAAAAAGAAAAAGAAGAAGAAGAAGCCUUUUAUGUUAGAUGAAGAAGGUGAUGCCCAGACAGAAGAAACCCAGCCCUCAGAAACAAAAGAAGUGGAGCCAGAACCAACUGAAGACAAAGAUGUGGAAGCUGAUGAAGAAGACAGUAGGAAAAAGGAUGCAUCUGAUGACUUGGAUGACUUGAACUUCUUUAAUCAAAAGAAAAAGAAGAAAAAAACAAAAAAGAUAUUUGACAUUGAUGAAGCUGAAGAAGGUGUAAAGGAUCUUAAGAUUGAAAGUGAUGCUCCAGAGCCAGCUGAGCCAGAGGAUGACCUGGAUAUUAUGCUUGGCAAUAAAAAGAAGAAAAAGAAGAAUGUCAAAUUCCCAGAUGAAGAUGAAAUACUAGAAAAAGACGAAGCUUUAGAAGAUGAAGACAGCAAAAAAGACGAUGGCAUUUCAUUCAGUAACCAGACUGGGCCUGCUUGGGCAGGCUCAGAAAGAGACUAUACAUAUGAGGAGUUGCUGAACCGAGUGUUCAACAUCAUGAGAGAAAAGAAUCCGGAUAUGGUUGCUGGAGAGAAGAGGAAAUUUGUUAUGAAACCUCCACAGGUUGUCCGAGUAGGAACCAAGAAAACUUCUUUUGUCAAUUUUACAGAUAUCUGUAAACUAUUACAUCGUCAACCCAAACAUCUCCUCGCAUUUUUAUUGGCAGAAUUGGGUACAAGUGGUUCUAUAGAUGGUAAUAACCAGCUUGUAAUCAAAGGAAGAUUCCAACAGAAACAAAUAGAAAAUGUCUUGAGAAGAUAUAUCAAGGAAUACGUCACUUGUCACACAUGCCGAUCACCGGACACAAUCCUACAGAAGGACACCCGACUCUAUUUCUUACAGUGUGAAACUUGUCAUUCUCGAUGCUCUGUUGCCAGCAUCAAAACUGGCUUCCAGGCUGUCACGGGCAAGCGAGCACAGCUCCGUGCCAAAGCUAACUAAUUUGCUAAUCACCAUUGAUUUUUCCAAAAUGUGUGGUGGAGAUUUGGCUGGACAGGUUACCAUCAGAGUGGACGUACCACUGAGUUGAAACACAAGAUAGAAAAGCUGCCAAGUUCUUUGGCAAGUGAUUGAUCUGAAACCCUUGCAAGAUGCCGACACUCAAGCUGUUGACAUACUCAUUGCCCACUUUAACAACUGUCAAACGUGAUGGGGUAAGGAGGUGCUUUUUAAAAUCGUUCAUAGACUUCUGUAAAGUGCAAGAUAAAUUAAAGUUAUUAUAACUGAUUCUUUCAA